CGCCAAGACAUCCUCCAGCAUUCCUCGCGGGCUCAAUCUCACAAUUUCCUGUCAGUCUCGCAACAUCUAUGACUGGUCUACCCCCGGGGCAAGGAACAUUGAAUUACCCCUGACUUACUUCUUCGUCCUCGUCCCCGUCGUGGCUGUGUCUAAUUCGUGUGUCCGAUCUCGCUCCGCCUGACUCACCCUCACGCGAUCAAAACCACGAGCUGUUGCUGCGUCUCACCGCAUCCCAUUUUAUUCCCUUUUCCCAUCACAUCAUAUUCCCACGUCACGUGAACUCAGCCAUUGAUCCUGCAGAAUCAUCCUAAUUUCUGAACUUCCAAGAAUCAAUCCCUCAGAUUUAGAACCCAAGACUGAAAUCUUUUGGGCUCCAUUGCCGGGAGCAAUGGACCAUACAGUACUCGUCGAGUCUGAUAGUACCUCGGAGACCGAUGAUCAGACCAAGAUCUGGGAGUCCGACCCGCGCUCCGUGAUAGCCCAUCUGGCCCAGGAUGAGCCUGAACAUUCCGCCCCGGUCGAGUGUGGAAUCGGCCACCGCGUCCAGGCCAGUCGCUCCGUUCUAGCCCUCGUUGUCGACAAAGAAUGUGUCUUUGCCGGUCUGCAAGGCGGAGACAUCGUAGCAUGGUCUUUGGAGACCUACGAUCUGGUACUCUCGGUGCACGCCCACCAGGAAAGUGUGCUUGAUCUCUAUCUGUCCGAGGAUGGAGAGUUGCUCUUCUCUACAGGCGGAGAUUCCGUGAUUAAUGUAUGGUCGACGAGGACCUUUGAUCGGCUGUAUUCCAUCCAUUCCCAUCACGAUGUGGGAGACAUUUUCGCGGUCGCCUAUUCGUCUAGCUUGAAGACGAUCUACUGCGGCGCCCAAAACACAAGUAUCCAGUGGUGCGACAUCUCUCAAACCGAUGCGGCUUCAACCCAAUCAUCAGCGGCUCAAUUGUCCAGACGGACUCAUCGCUUUUUCGACUCCAGGGGUCCGGAUGGCUCGCGUGCGCCCCGACCGGACGCAGGCGCCGAGGGACCUCACACAGUCAUGCAGGGUGGUCAAGUGCUAACCUUCAAGCGCGACCACCACAAGCUUUUUGCUCAUCACGGCUAUGUCUACACCAUGCUCCUGGUGAAGGGUUUGAUCGAGUCGGCCCCGGAGGAAGAGGUGCUUCUGACUGGUGCCGGCGAUGGAGUGGUCAAGCUGUGGCGAUUAGAGCAGAACUCGGCCAAUGCAGUCCCGUCCCAGGUUGCCAAGCUGCAGAACGGCGACUCCGUCCUCUCUAUCGCGGUGGACGGCUCCUUCCUCUACUGUGGUCUUGCUGGAGGCGCGCUGAAUAUCUGGAAUCUUGAUUCUCGACAGCUGGUGAAGCGGAUUGCGAUGCACACGGGUGACCUGUGGGCUGUGGACAUCAUCCAUGGUGUCGCGGUGUGUGGAGACUCCAACGGUGUGAUUAAGAAAUUCAACUCGCGAUUCGAGGAGAUCGGCAGUUGGGUCGCGCACGGAGGUACCAUGCUCGCGUCCGCAGCUGGGCAGUACAAAGAUCGGUACAUCUACGCCAGCGGCGGCAACGAUAACACGGUCGGCAUCUGGGAUCUGACAGACGUGACUCGAGGCCAAGCUGAAAAGCCACCGAUUAACAACGAUGAAAUGGUCAACUCCCUGGCCAAGUUUGUCGCCUACAAGACUGUCUCGGCUAGUCCCAAGUUCGCCGUCGAAUGCAACCAGGGCGCUGCGUUCCUUCGUCGCCACUGUAUCUAUCUCGGAGCGAAGACCAACUUGUUAACAACUGGAGCGGACACGAAUCCCAUCGUACACGCUCGAUUCGAUGCCACGUCCUCGGACAAAGUCGAUAAAACAAUUCUUUUCUACGGUCACUACGAUGUUGUUGGCGCGGAUGCUAACGCAGCCAAAUGGAAGACCGACCCGUACCAACUCACCUCCAUUGAUGGGUUCCUCUACGGCCGCGGCGUGUCGGACAAUAAGGGUCCCAUCCUAGCGGCACUUUACGCGGCUGCGGACCUCGCCCGGCAGAAGGCGCUCCGCUGCAACGUGGUCUUCCUCAUCGAAGGUGAAGAAGAGUCGGGAUCUCAGAACUUCCACGAAACGGUGCGCAAGCACAAACCUCAGAUUGGCCCGGUGGACUGGAUUCUUUUGGCCAACAGUUACUGGCUCGAUGACUACAAUCCAUGCUUGACGUAUGGCCUACGUGGUGUGGUCAAUGCCAACCUUGUUGUGCAAAGCGACCACCCCGACCUUCACAGCGGCAUCGACGGAAGUUCCUUACUGGAUGAGCCCCUCAAAGAUCUCACUAUGCUCUUGAGCACGUUUGUCGGACCUAAGGGCCGGAUUAAUCUGCCAGGGUUCCAUGAGCCCGUCCUUCCGCUGACUGAGGCCGAGAAACAGCGGUACACCGCGAUCGCCGACAUUCUCCUUCCCCACCAUCCGGAGAUCACCGACAGCGACGCGUUCAUCAACUCGCUCAUGCACCGCUGGCGUGAGCCUUCCCUGACGAUCCACUCCAUCGAGGUGCCGGGCAGCAGCAAGAGCGCGACGACCACAAUCUCGCGCAAAGCCAAAGCCAGCCUGUCGAUUCGACUGGUGCCGAACCAGACAGCCGACGAGGUGGCGACCAACCUGACGCUGUUUGCACAGGAACACUUCGAUAGUCUGGAGUCGCAGAACGACCUUACCGUCGAGAUCACGGGCAAAUCCGACCCCUGGCUGGGCGACCCGGACAACGAGAUGUUCCAAACGCUGGCCGACGCGAUCGCAGCCGCCUGGACCCCGGACACGACCACCCAGCGACAUCAAUAUCCACCCAUUCACUCAGCCCCCGAACGCACACUGGAGGCCGCCAAGCGUGGGAAGGAGCAGCACCCGCGUCUCAAGCGGGCAGACUCAGGGGAUAGUCUCGCGUCGCACAUCGAUCGCAUCAUCAUGAGCACGACGAUCUCGUCUACCGGCAAGGCCGCGCACAAGCGGUCAUCCCUGAGCACCGCCGUGCCGACUUCCUCCACCCUGACGAGCAAAUCGGGCACCACAACGCUCGCUGCGGACGAACCCGCGACCGCGCAGACAACGACGGCGCCUGAGGUGGUCGCUCGCAGCGAGCCGGCCCGGGUGCGUCCCAUCUACAUCCGCGAGGGUGGCUCUAUCCCUACCAUCCGGUUCCUGGAGAAGGAGUUCUCGGCCCCGGCGGCCAAUCUGCCUUGUGGACAGGCCAGCGACAAUGCGCAUCUGUACAAUGAACGGUUGCGGGUGGAGAACUUGUAUAAAAGCCGGGAGAUUUUUGGAUAUGUAUUUUCACGCUUGCCGGAGAGAUUGUAGAUACCUUUGGAAUUUUGGUCUGGAAUUGGAUUUGUGUGUUAAAGACGUUGUUUGGGC